UACUUACCGCGGUGCGCGCCUGCGCGGGCAGCCAAAGGGUUUUGGCAACUUCCUGUACAGUGUACACAGUUUUUUUUAGCUCUCGCUGCCGACUUCAGUCCUCUGCUCAACAAUGGUGCUAGGGUUCUAGAGGAGCCCGGUUCUUCUUUCGUGCAUCCAGUUUUGCCUCUAUCCUUCUUUCCUCCUGCGAUUGCUCUUCCUAGUUUUAAGCUCCAAAUGGAGGAUUUCCCCGGCGGCGGCGACGACGACGACUUCGGCGACCUAUACGCAGAUGUUGAACUUCAAGCAGCUUCCGCCAUUAAUUCCAGGACUAGCUCCGCCAAAUUCCACUUCCCGUUGGAGCAACAGACUGUGAUCCAGGUAGAUGGUACGGUCAGUAACAGCAAAGCUGGCAACGCGAGACUCAUUUCAGAAGGGGGAAACGUCUCUUCCUGUCCCAAUCUGUCGAAAUUGGUAAGGGAUUUGUUAUGUGGAUCAGCAUGAAAUCCAAAAUGGCUUGUUUCAGUUUUCUUUUAUUCUAGAAACUGUUGUAUGGAGGUGGUGUUAAGGUUGAGCUCUGGUAUUCAUGGAGCAACAAAUUGGAAAGCCCGAGCUGCCCAACCUCGCUUGAAAUGAAAGCUUUGAGAGUUUUUUCUAUAAGCUUCUAGCAAUGGCGGGAUAGAAUUGAUUACUCUGUUAUUCGUUUCCUUAUCCUGGUUCUACUAUGCAGCAAAAUGACUGGGGAACUGUACCGUUGCGUUCUUUUCAAUCAACGAGAAUGGAUCUAGAACACAGCGAGUUCUUGCAAGGCAAUGUGGCAGAUGUUAACCAAGUGUCUAAUGUUUAUGCUGCGGCCAAUUCAGUUGUAUCCCAUGGUGGAUAUGGUUUCUCACUUCCACUGUAUAGGACCAUUUAUGAUGUAAAUACUGACACGUUUGGAGGGAAAAGAUGGGGGUAUCAGGGAGCUAAUAUGUCUGUUUUACCCAAAUUUGGUAUCAAUGAAGACUGUUGGAGACAAUACUGUAUGAGUGUGCCAAAAGGUCGAGCAAUUGAGGUGGAAGAUAGUGGUGGUGAACGUUUUCCCACCAUGAAUCAGAAGUAUCCAGAGAAUUGGGAUUCUGAUGUGGUUAUUCAGUUCAAGGUGCAGGAAUUUGAUGAAAAUUCAAGUGCAUUUAGCAAGGGGGACUUAAGCAGUAAAAGUAGCGGUGUUAAAGGGUUAAAAACCUGCAAGAGAAGUGCUGAUGUUGUGGCGGAAGCCUGCCAUUCUAGUGGGGCUAGUGGAGAUCGAGUGUCUUUGGGAUCUCCAUCUCCAGAAGGAACUAGGUCGUCCAAGUCAUUGUUGGAAAUGAGUGAAUCGUCUCAGCAUCUUGAUAACUGUGAGAGAGACCAUAUCCCUGAUUCCGAUGAGCAUCACCCUCGCAGAACUCGAGCUAGAACUUCAGAUCUUGCUGAAGCCGUUGAAAGUGAGAGAGAUUCAAAGGAUGAGUCUGGAAGGAGGUCGAGUCAGUCAGAUCGGCAUCAGAGUGAUAGUGACUCACUGAUCGAUGAUAGAAGUCACUUUAGCUUGGCUCUAUCUUGCUCUGAAAGUGAUUCUGAAGAUAGUUGUCAUGGUGUAUCUAGGUGUUCAUCUUUGGGAACCGAGUUACAUGAUACCGUUUCAUCUGGCCACUGUAAAAGUAAUGGCACAGGACAAACAGAUAGUGACCGAAGACACAUUACAGAUGGCAGCCUCUUAAAUGGGACAUGGAGGAGUGAAAACAGAAGAGACCAAAGAGUAAAAAAUGAGUGUGAUUUAGACUUCCCCAAAAGGAAUGAUUCCUCUUACUCCAGAUUCAGAGAAACUUUUCCUGGAGAUGGUGGUCAAAGGUGGGGUGCUAGCUAUGCUGAAGCUGAUUAUAGAGAAUAUCCUCAGAGUAAGCGCCAUCGGAGUCUUGAAGGUGAGACUUAUAUCCGGGACAGAGCAAAUUGUAAUCAAAGUGCACGUCGUCAGGAUAGAAGGAUAAGUGAGAAAUUACAACCGAAACAUAGGUAUGGCUCAUUGUAUGAGGAAUAUGGAAGGUGCAGUCCAUUCUCAGGGAGGGAAAUCAAUGUAUGUGAAAGAGGGCUUAGACAUGGUGACAAGGCUAGACUGGAUUCGGAUCGUCUAUGGAAUGAAGAAAAACUGGAAAGAGAUUAUUGGAAUGACUAUCACCAGGAUGGGAACAACAGGAAUCAAGACCCAAGCUUCAGGUCUCACACAAGAUAUUAUGCAACCAAUCACAGUAGAUGGCAAAAUGGUAAUAUUUCUAAAAGGUAUGAUUCUUAUGACUCAAAGGUGAUGGAGACUUAUUCUAGGCCGAGGAAGGAACUAUAUGAUUCUGGUACCUAUGGUGGUCUCUUUGGCAGUGAAGAGAAUUUGGACAGUGGUUUUGAUGAUCAACAUGAACUUGCAGAGACUAAAAUUGUUUGGAGAUCGAGACUUCAUCAAGGAGAGGAAUCUAAGUCAAGGCAUGGAGGUGUUCAAUCCUACCCUGAUAGGUUUUCUUGUUAUGGAAAAGCUCUCAGACAUGAAAAUAUAAGUGGGUAUGAGAUAUUAAGAGAAAGACAUUCAGACAACUUAGUCGAAAGCAAUCUCACAUAUAAAUGUGAGCGUGAGAAGAUGGUUGGGAUGUACGUUAAUGGUCCAGUUGGCUUGGUUUCCCAGAAAGAGAAGCUAUCUGGCAAACAGCCUACCACAGGGAGGCAAAUUCCCAAAAGUAACCCAAAGAAGAAAAACCAGAAGCGUUUGAAUGCAUCUCUUUCUGGAAAAGCAAACAUAAGGCAAGAGAAGCCACAAACUCAAGGCAACAAUGAUGUUAUGAAACGGCUUGGGGCUACGUUCCAAGGAAAGGAGCAGAAGAACGAGUCAGAUAUCGAAGAGGGCGAGAUUAUAACCGGAGAACCCAAUGCGAAGAAGGUUAAAGCACCUCAAAGCGAGAAGGCUGAUUCUUGUAAUACCGUGACUACCAAGGCAGUGUACGAUGAACAAUGGAUACUCGAGAGGUUGGCCAAGAUGGAGAAACGAAGGGAGCGUUUCAAGGUGCCUGUCUUAUUUCCAGAGAAGGUAAGUACUACCGAUCUUAAUCCGCCUUCUUGUUCUCAACCUCGAGUUGUUCCGUCGGUUAGUACAGGCCAGGCUAAGCUCGAACGACCAGCCAGAAAGAGGCGCUGGGCCGGGAUUUAAGUCUUCAUUUGGCCAAGCAUUAUUUCAUUGUUGUAUGGUCCUCUGAAAGGGGAACAGUUUUGUCACAAAGAAACAUACAGUUUUACGUGCAGGAAGUUCGCAUGCUAAAAUUUCUGUUCUUCGUUUCCCGGAAUAUGACUACUUGACUAGCUAGUUUGAUCAUUUGAUCGUUUCUCUGUGACUAAAUAAAGUUUCUAGAAAUGAUGAUACCAUUUCCGUUUGUUUCGCUCCAAUGCCCCGUUCACUUGCCAUUUCAUUUUCACUUGCCAUUGUCUUUUUUGAAAAUGGAUUGAUUCAUUCAUU